GGGACCAUGCUGCGCAUAUUGAAGUCGUUCUAGGUGUUCUUCCUCGAAGCCUAUGCUUUUCUCUCGUUCAACGCCUCAUGCCUUGCUUCCCUUGCCUCACUAGCCAUCAACUUGAAGAUCGUUCUCUCUGCCUUUUGUCUACUCCACCUACAGCGAUGUUUUAGAAUCGAUCCCAUGACAAGGCGUCUGCUCCACGGCCGAAUUGCCUGUGACGCUCUUGCGCAGCAGCUGGAGCUUUCGUAAAAAUUUCUGCAUGUCUUCGGUAGACUGGGUUCGCCUCAUCGAGCAGUUGCGAAGGGAGCUGUCGACUUAACAGCGGACCAGGAUCUCGAGUGGACAAACUUUGUGGUCAUCUCGGAGGUGGUGCUGCUCUGUCCAGGAUUUUUAGAAUUUUUAGCCGGCGCUGCGAUGGCUGGUCAAUUGAAAGCGAAAUUACCCAUUAUCCGGGAAUUUGAGCUAAUCUUGAGCUGACUUGCAACGAGCUAGAUAAAUUGCUACUACCCACGACGGUUUCCUGUCUUUCGGAACCUGAUACCCUAAAUCAUGGGGUGGAUUCCUUUCGAGACCAGAUACAAUUACGACGAGGAUGAUUAUCGAAGACACCGCAUAACUCGCAUUUGUCUCUUCCUGUGCGCCGCAAUCGUCGUCAUCGUGCUCGUGCUCGGUCUGGCGACCCUCAUUGUCUAUCUCAUCCUCCGCCCGAAAGCCACUCACUACAACAUCGUCUCUGCCAGCGUCCAUACCCUGGAAGUCAUCGGCUCCAAGGACCUAACCUACACGUCAACCGUGAACGCGGUAUUUAUAUAUGGUCUUGAAGCUCAGAAUCCCAACAGCAAGGUCACCAUGGAGUACGAAAAGUUCAAUGUCCAGACUCUCUACCUGGGUACAGACAUCGGCCACAGUAGCGUUGAUGGGUUUAUACUCGGCUACCGAGGCUCGAACGUAGUCAUGAUCACAACCUCCGCCAUGAACCUGGUGGUGAACAACAUUGUCGGCAACACACUGCGAGGCGAAAUCAGCCAACAGUGGGUCUUCUUGACGGUGCGAAUUGAUACCCGAGCACGCGCCCACAUCGGUUCUUAUACCUCCUUCUGGAUGUGGCUUCACUCAGUCUGCGAGAUCAAUGUCACUCCGCCCAGUAACGGUGUCUCCGGAAUGCUGAUGAAAUACCGUUGCAGAAACACAUAGUGAUCCAUUCAAUCAGUUCAUCACCGAUUCCAGAAUACAGUCAACCGCUCGUUCAGGGGGCGUUUCCAGUGUGCGGCUUCGGCUUCAGCUUUUGUGAGGAUGCAAGGUUUUGAUCACACAGGCACAUACACACAUAUUUACAUGUAAACAAACUGUAUUCAACAAUCAAACUGGGAAAGGUGUAGAAGAAUACGAAUAUGAAUCGUAGCUGUACAAUUAAAUCCCUUCUGAAGGAGCUAUUGACAGCAUAUAUAGCUGCAAAAGUCAGCUAUUUGUUCGACUACUGUGUACUUGCAACAUAGGUUUUCAAAAAUGAAAUUUGUGCAUAACUCAACUGGUCUCUGCUCCAUUGAUAUAUGUGUUUAAUAAGGGGGUUUUGAAUUUAUUCCCUAAGUUCCGUGUGGCUUAGUCAAGCAAGAACAGUUUGCAAUAAAUGGUGUUAAGCCAUCAACUUCUAA